CUCCUGGCUUUGGUCGUUCAUCUGUGCCAGGCGCUCUUCUCGCUUUGCUGCGAUCCGAAGGAAGUCAUUUGAAAACGAAACCACCGCAGCUAGAGCGAGGCGGAAGUCAUGGCAAGCACAUCAACAAUACCGAAUGCGGGAGCAACCACGGGCACCAGCUCGUUGUCCCUCGAUCUGAGCACAGCAACAUUCAAGCGCCUGCACCCACGCACCUACCUCGAGCGCUUCCUCACAUCCCAUAUUCGCGAAGAUGGUCGCCUCUUCUCUACGUGGCGGCCCACAUCGGCCGUCAUGGGCGCCAUCUCAUCCGCAGAGGGUAGCUGUCUCGUGCGAAUGGGCGUCACUACCGUCGUAGCGGGAAUCAAGGCGGAGGUCGCAAAACCUGACAUUGCCAGAAGCACGACUUCAUCUCACAGCAGUGGAACGGCAGCAAAGGCUUCUGCUGGAUGGCUGGUACCCAACAUAGAAAUCUCUCCGCUCAGCUCGGCGCGAGGCCGACCAGGCCCACCGACCGAAGAAGGACAGCUGUUAUGUGAUCGAUUGACGGACCUGCUUGCGAGCCCUUCGAGGCCUGUGAUUGACGUCACCUCACUCUGCAUUCAACCGGGUGUGGCGGCUUGGUGCCUUUAUUUGGACAUCACAGUCGUCAGCAAUGACGGCAAUGUCUUGGACGCUGCCAUGCUUGCGGCAAUAGGAGCACUGAUGGACACCCGCCUCCCCAAAGCGACAUUUCACGAGCGAACAAAUCGGGUGAUCUGCUCCGAUGAUCCUGCAAACUCAGCACCGCUCCCACUUCUCUCACUACCUUUCUCCUCGAGCUUUGGCAUUUACGAAGGCGCACAUUUGCUCAGCGACCCAUCCUCAUUCGAAGCUGCUUUCACUGCCAGCAGUCAUAUCGUUGUUGGCUUGAGCGAGUGGACGGAAGAGGGAAGCACAUGGGCCAGGGCUGUAGCAAGUUUUGAGAAUGACAGCGAGGCACAAGAUGGUGCGCAACAUAGCAUGGAUACCGACGAGGAUUUCAAAGGGGAUGAAGGUCUCAAUCAUCUCGCCAUCACAUAUCUACAUCAAGUCGGCCGAUGUCGCGCGCUCCUGCCACCUGACGAGCUUCAAGGACCAGCAAACAGGGAACAACCGUCAGCUCUUUUGACUCCUCUGCAGGUUAUCACCUCCUGUCUGGCCAAGGCCAAGCGAAGGUACGCGGAGCUUAAAGGGGUGCUAGAAACUGCCAGAAGCGAGGCACACAGCAAACGGAUAGAGGAGCAGAAGGCGGGUGUGCGUACGUCUGAUGAAUGAUUUUCGAUACAUUUCAGCCUUCUGGCAUGCUGUGUCGCCGCAUCAGCCAAGGGGCUUCAAUGUCUCCCAUUUGAGCGCUCGAGCCUCGAUGUAGUCGCUGAUGGUGAGAUUCCUGCGCUUGUGCCCGCGUUCGGUGUUGAGCUUAGCACCCCGCCCAGACCGCCUAUGGCAGAGCCAAAAGCGCCGCUGACCAUUGCGCCAGCGCUGAAGAGCGCGUUCACAGGAGCUGAUGCAGCCGGCCCUCCUCCACUAACAGAACUGCGCCGC